UUAUUGUUGGAUGUGAGCGUGAAUGUUCCGACUGGAAGUGGAAGGAUUCUGCACUGCUCCACUGUCCAGCUUGACCUGUAUGAGUGGGAGUUUUCAACUGUGUCCAGGUGUCGACGUGUACUGUGUGGCCAUCGUUGUGUAGCUCAUGUGUUGUGUGUUUGUAGGAUAAAUAGGCUCCCGUCGACCUCCGAAAGGCAGUGUUGGUUCUCUCUAUGCUUGCUCGUCGCCUACCUUCUUCGUUGUCAGCUGAUCUCUCGGUGUGUUGCCCUUGUGUGAGUGGUAAGUGUGUAGACGUAUAGAUCUAAGUGUGUUCUGUUUGAUGUGUGUAGAGGAGGCAGUAGUAGCAGGACACUCGGGCGUCUGUCAGCAGUGGGCGUCUGGUCGGCAGUGGGCAGCCCGAGAGGGCAGCUGUUGUUGUCGCUCCAGCUUCUCUCUUCUGCUUUGACUGAACAAGAGAAUCUAGAGAUCUAGCCUAAUCGUUGUGAGCUCUACGUUGGAUGGCUGAGGAAGUCUCAGAGGGUUGCCGGUUCGUGUCCCAGAGCGUUCAGGAUGCGGUGUCGGCCAUGCAGCAGUUCUCUAGUCUGGCAACCAGAGAUGCCAGCAGGCGCAAGAUCACACUGGACAGCCUGGACGUUCUCCUUGACCAGUGCCUGGAUGGUUACGGAAGUCCACCCAUCCCACCCCCUGCAGUCUGGCCAAAAGGACAAGAGAGAGCCUCCUCCUACCUUCAAGCCCUGAUGCCCUCACUUCUCAGACUUUCGCUAACCUGUCCAUUCGAGGAUGUCCGACAGCGGCUUGACACAUUGCUCAACCAAGUCAAGGAACGAGGAUGUGGCCGCCUCCAGGUACCAGUGGUGACUGUGUCCGGCCCAAGCCACUUCAUCCCAGCAGAUGAGGUCGUUCCUGCUGACACAACAGUUGAGGAUAACCAGAGUGUGUUCAUGGAGGCAUUCCUACAGAACAACCGUCUGGAGCACAUCAGCCAGGUGAUGGGCUACCACCCUGACUAUUUGCGCAACUUCCUCACCACACAGAACUUCCUGCUCCGAGAGGAUGGCCCGCUGCCCUAUGAGUACCGACACUACAUUGCCAUCAUGGCGGCAGCACGGCAUCAUUGUACCUAUCUGGUCAAGCUCCAUGAACAAGACUUCCUGCUGCACAACGGAGAUCCUCAGUGGCUGAAAGGCAUCGCGCAUGCUCCACGCAAGCUGCAGGACCUUUAUGAGGUCAACAAGAUCCUGGCACACCAGCCCUGGCUAAUCACCAAACAGCACAUACAUAAUCUGCUGAAGAGCCCUGAGCCGUGGUCUCUGUCAGAGCUGAUGCAAGCCAUCAUCCUGCUGACCCACUUCCACUCGCUGUGCUCGUUCGUCUAUGGCUGCGGCAUCAACCCUGAGCUGGACAUGCAGGGCUUCUCCCUCACUCAGCCGGCCAGCCCUGCCACAGACUCGGACUCCAGCGAGGCCAACAGCGACACUGGGGACACCAUAAAUGUGUGUGGGGAUGAGGAGAGUGUGGGCCUGGAGGCACUGCUGGCCCGGAUGAGACAGCUAGAUGCCAUUUCCAGCGCCAACACCACCAGCCCUGAGGAGCUGCUCAAACGCUUCCACUCGGUUGAACAUCAGAAUGCUGAGAUUACAGUUCCAUCCGGCAAGAACAACUCCCCUCGUGCGGAAAUCCUGCGCUUUGUGCAAGACCCAGAGUUUUCCUACAUCGACUUUGCCUCGCGGGACUCUGUCAGCGAAGUGGCCACUUUCCGGGCGUGUGACUACUCCUGGGAUGACCAUGGCUUCUCGCUGGCCAACCGGCUCUACCUGGAUGUGGGAACGCUUCUGGAUGACAAGUACAAUCUGGCUGCCAACCUCACUUACUACACUAUGGGAGACAAUCGUGAAGUGGACACAUCCUCAUUCCGACGGGCCAUCUGGAACUACAUCCACUGUAUGUACGGCAUACGGCAUGACGACUAUGACUACUCUGAGGUGAACCAGCUGUUGGAGAGAAACCUGAAGGGGUACAUCAAAACCUUGACCUGCUACCCUGAACGACUGACCAAGAAGGACUACGAUGGGGUCAUGAGAGAGUUUAAACACUCCGAGAAGGUGCACGUGAACCUGAUGCUGAUGGAGGCGCGGCAACAGGCAGAGCUGCUCUACGCCCUACGGGCCCUCAACCGCUACAUGACCUAGUCACAUGACCCAGCCUCACCGCGCCCGGGCUCACCCAGUGACCCGGACAAGUUCCCGUCCCUUCCACUGUUGGAUAUUACCUCCCCUGGUCCGGUCCCACGUCUUGGGGAGCUGUACAGACCUUGCUUGAAAAUCUUUGUGUGUGUUGGGUGCCUGUGUGUAUGUGUGUGUGUAUCAUAUGUACAGAGACAAGGUGUAUGCAUUGGUGUGUAUGUAUGCUGUGGUUGUUGAGGUGAUUAGCCUCAACUGAGAUGGUUGUGAGCUCAGGGACAUUUGACCUCUCUGUGUUAUGGGUGUAUGUCUGCUGUACAUCAGUGUGUGUGUGUGUGUGCAGUACAUCACAUCACUGUGUGUGUGUGUGUUUGCGUGCUGUUUAUCACUGUGUGGUAGUCCUUGUAAGGGGGCGGUCAGCGCUAGGGAUGACCAUAUGUUCCCCUCAUGUCCUGCGCCAUUCACCGCCCCCCUGAUUGUCCCUCCUGUUUCCCUGCUUUACCUCAUACCAGUUGUGUCCAGGCUCAUGCUACUGACACGCACACUAGUGUUUUGUGUCCCGUUUGACCGCUGGUCACGACAGUGGUCUGAGCAUGACUGGCAGCGGUUUUGAUUAAUCAUGGGCAUUUUUUCAUUGUGCAAUUGUAUGUCUGUUCACCGUUUUGGAGUGUUAGGUUUUCUUGCUUUAUUCAUUGUGUCAUGUACCACAUUAUGUCAUACGCCACUUUUAUUAUGGCCAUGCGCCACUUUUUUAAUCAUGUCAAGGGCCACUUUAGUCAUCUUGUCAUUCGAUAUUCU